AUGAGCAGUGGAGAACACCAGGGCAAGCAGCUGGGGUCAGGAAAAAGCAGCUCAUGUGCACAGUACACCUGGGAGGAAGUGCAGAAACACAAUUGCACGGGCGAUCAAUGGCUGGUGAUCGAGAGAAAAGUGUACAAUGUGAGCGAAUGGACAAAGAAACAUCCUGGAGGACGCAGAGUUCUUGAGCAUUAUGGUGGAGAAGAUGCAACGGAUGCAUUUACAGCUUUCCAUCCAGAUCAGCGUUUUGUGCAGAAGUUCAUGAAGCCACUGCUGCUGGGAGAGUUGGCGCCCUCAGAGCCCAGUCAAGACCACGGCAAAAAUGCUGCUUUGGUGGAAGAUUUCCGGGCCUUGCGUAAGCAGUUGGAGGAACAGGGCUUAUUCCACACCAGCCCAUUGUUUUUUAUUCUACAUCUUAGCCACAUUCUGCUGUUGGAGGCCUUGCCUUUGGUGCUGCUGUGGAAAUUUGGAAAUGGCUGGAUUAUUACGGUUCUAAUUGCUGUCAUGCUGGCCACUGCACAGGCACAGGCUGGCUGGCUUCAGCAUGACCUUGGUCACCUGUCAGUCUUCAAAAAUUCCACCUGGGAUCACCUAGCACACAAAUUUGUCAUUGGACAUCUGAAGGGGGCUUCUGCAAACUGGUGGAACCAUCAACAUUUUCAGCACCAUUCUAAGCCCAAUGUGUUCAGUAAGGACCCUGAUCUCAACACACUGGAAAUACUAGUACUGGGGAACAUCCGGCCUGUAGAGUAUGGGAUUAAAAAGUUGAAGCACAUGCCCUAUAAUCAUCAGCACAAGUACUUCUUUUUGAUUGGCCCUCCCUUGCUCAUACCAGUGUUCUUUAGCGUGCACAUUUUUCAAACUCUGUGCUCAAAACGGGAUUGGGUGGAUCUUGUGUGGUAUCUGUCCUACUAUACACGUUUCUUCUCAUGUUAUGUUCCCUAUUAUGGAUUCCUGGGAUCAGUAUUGCUUCAGACUUUUGUAAGGUUUCUAGAGAGUCACUGGUAUGUGUGGGUGACCCAGAUGAACCACAUUCCCAUGGACAUUGACUAUGAAAAGCAUGAUGACUGGCUCAACUUGCAGUUGAAAGCUACCUGUAAUGUUGAGCAGUCAUUCUUCAAUGAUUGGUUCACCGGCCAUCUCAACUUCCAGAUUGAGCACCAUGUCUUCCCUACAAUGCCUCGCCAUAACUAUGUUCAUGUGGCUCCUCUGCUUCAAGAGCUUUGUGAGAAGUACGGAGUUCAGUAUCAGGUCAAAGGCCUAUGGCAGGCCAUGUCUGACAUUAUUAGGUCUUUGAGGAAGUCUGGUGAGCUGUGGCUAGAUGCCUACCUCAACAAAUGA